CCAAUUUGCUUGAUGAUGCAGCACCCCAGUAGUCAACCACAAGGUCUUCUUGAAGACUUGUUGACUCCAAUCAAACAGAGUUUGACCACAUUUCCUAAUGUAGAUCCUGGGUUAUUUUGGGAUACCAGUUAUAAUGAAGAAGAUGAUUCAUUAUUAGCUUCUUCUUCUUCUUCAUUUUUGCAGCUUAUAUCAUCCUCCAUAGAACCCAGUUUUCAAUGCUCUUCUUACACAGGUGAAACAGUCGACUUCCCUGCAGUUUUGCCAAAUCUUGACAGCUUCACACCUGGGAAUGUUUCAAAUUCUUCAUCAUAUGGACAACAAGUGUGUGAAUAUGAAUAUGAAUAUGAACAUGAAUAUGAAAAUGAUGCUAAAGUAAGGUCAAUGGUUUCGGUCCAAGAAGGGUAUCCAACAAUGGUGACUCAAGAAGAUGUUGAUGGUGAUGAUAAGAUUCAUGAAGAACAGCAGAGGGUUGUUUCUGAUAAUCAAAUCCCAGUUGUUUUUAGAAGUGGGGAAAAGAAGAGAUCUAAGAAGGUUGAAGGACAGCCUUCCAAGAACUUAAUGGCGGAAAGACGGCGAAGAAAGAGGUUGAAUGACCGUCUUUCGAUGCUCAGAUCAAUUGUUCCUAGAAUAAGCAAGAUGGACAGAACAUCAAUACUUGGGGAUACAAUAGAGUAUAUGAAAGAUCUAUUGGAAAAGAUCCAUAAUUUUCAAGAUCAUGAUAUGGGAUCAGAUUUGAAUAGCUUGAAUUUGAUGGGAAGCUUCAAAGAUUCUAAAACAAAUGAAGUACAAGCAAGAAAUCCCCCUAAGUUUGAAGUAGAGAGAAGAAACAACGAUACCCGAAUCCAGAUUUGCUGUUCAUCGAAGCCAGGGUUGCUGGUUUCAACAUUGAACACACUUGAAGCUCUAGGCCUAGACAUUCAGCAAUGUGUCAUCAGUUCUUUCAGUGAUUUUUCCCUUCAAGCUUCUUGUUCAGAGGCACAGGAAAAUCGAGCGAUAACAAGUUCAGAAGAUAUAAAGCAAAUAUUAUUCAGAAAUGCAGGUUAUGGAGGGAGAUGUCUCUAAAGAAAGCAUGGAUGAAACUUUAGACCUUAAGAAAUGUUAGUUUCAUUUAGUAGGAGAAGUUUAGUUCAAGUUCAACUCUUGUUAUUUAGCUUUAAUCUUUUUGCAGAAAUUUAGCUGUUUUUCC